UUCAUUCCGAGCCAUGAGCGCAAGGUGAAAACGGCUGCAUCGAUAAAAUCCCCAGCAAACCAGAACUGCUUCAGUUUAAGAACAGGAAUAAGGGAGAAGCACACGGGAGACCUAGACAAGAAAAGCAGAAUAUAAUGUGGGCAGUGUGGUAAUUCGAGAGAGGAGAAUACACGCACUCCGCCCGCCCCCUCAGCCCCUCCGGCGGAAGGAAGGGCCCGCAGCGUCACCGCCACGGCUGCGCACUGGGCCCGGCGCCGCGCUGCUCCUGGGCUUCUCCCUCCUGCUCCUUCCCUUCCCUUCCCUUCCUCCUCCUCCUCCCCUCGGGUCCGAUGGCGGCCAGUGACACGGACAGGGCCCAGCAGCAGAUUGAUGAAAUUGAAGCUCUUUCAUCGAUCUAUGGUGAUGAUUGGUGUGUUGUUGAUGAAGAUGAAAAAAUCUAUUGCAUUAAGAUUAGUGACUCUCUGGAUCAACCAAAAUGGACCCUCUGUUUGCAGGUGAUUUUGCCACCAGGAUAUCCAACUGCAGAGCCACCUAUUUAUCAACUAAAUGCCCCUUGGCUUCGAGGACAAGAUUAUACAGAACUAGCAAAUAGCUUGGAAGAAAUAUAUCUACAGAACCUUGGUGAAAGUAUACUGUAUUUAUGGGUGGAGAAGAUACGAGAAGUUCUGGUAGAAAAGGCACAGUCUUCAGAUCCAGAACCAGAUAUUAAGAAAACAACUGAAGAAGUUGAUGAAGGUGAUGAAGAUGAUUUUCUCCUAGACUAUCAGCCCAUUCAGGAAAAUCAAAUUAAAAUGUUAAACUACAUGACAUCUGAGAGUCAGGAAGAUGAAGAACUGCCCCCCAUACAUCAUGGAAACCCAAUCACAGAUCGAAGGAGCACUUUCCAGGCACAUUUGGCUCCAGUGGUGACAACCAGACAAGUUAAAAGAGUUCUUGAAAAAUUAUAUGAAAACAAGAAAAUUGCAAGUGCUACCCACAACAUAUAUGCAUACAGAAUAUACUGUGAAGAUAAGCAGACCUUCCUACAGGAUUGUGAAGAUGAUGGAGAGACUGCAGCAGGUGGACGUCUUCUCCAUCUUAUGCAGAUUUUGAACGUCCACAAUGUGUUAGUUGUGGUGUCCCGCUGGUAUGGAGGUAUUCUCUUGGGGCCAGAUCGUUUCAAACAUAUAAACAAUUGUGCAAGAAAUGUACUUGUGGAGUACGACUAUGUGCCAUCAACGGAAGAAUCAUCUAGACAAGCUGGAAAGAGCAAAAAGAUAAGGAAGGACAGCAAGAAGAGAACAGAACACUAAUUUAUUUUUAAAAAACUUUAAAAGAUUAUUUUGCACAUAUUUAUACAAAAAUCUCUGGACCUUAUUGCCUUAUCUGAUAGGAUGGACCUGUUGUAUUCAGAAGAGAAUUCAGUAAAGCCAUAGAUAUAUUUUCAUCUUGUUUUGUGAUUUGUUCUGCUGUUCUGAAGUAGAGCUUAAGCACAAAUUUUCUGUUUCUUACACAUGUGAACUCCUUGUUAUGAGGACAGUGCAGUAUCUAGAACCAUUGCUCCAUUCCACCCCUUCCCACCAAAUAACCAUUGACUAAUUGGAAACAUGGAUUUCUCAUCUUCUCCAUUCUUGGAUUCAAAUAUGUGUCUUGUAUUAGUACUUGAAUUCUGUAGUUUGUUGUACUGAGAGUGGAACUAGAGACAUUCAUGCACCAAGGUUUAAGAUACUCUUUUGUGAAAGAAAAGGAUGGGGUCGAGUGUGGUGUUUGGAAUACCUGGUCCUACCUGUGCAGUUCCUGAUCAGAUUCUAGGUAGGGCCUGCUUGGUGAUGUCUGGAAGACUGAACAUGGGCAGUGAGCUAAGAAAUGUGAUGAAACUACUACAGAACUUCGAGGAUUGUUCUGUGAUGGUUGGCACAGCAGGAGCUCAUUGAAAAUACGAGAAUUUCAUGGUACAUAAUUAUAGGAAUUGGUGAAAUAGACCGUACAGUCAGUGAGCAAAAUGAAUCCCCUGUUCUAUUAAAUGUCUGAAAAUGGACCAUCAGAGGGGAGAUGCAUUUUUAUUUUCACACAAUUUCUUUCAGAGAGAGCAUGAAGUGCUAACUGUCUUAUGGACACUUUUGGUUGGAGAAGUUACAGUCCCUUCCUGUUUUUGUUUGCAAGCAUUUCCUAAGUUUAAACUUCCUUUAUUCUAAGAAGUAGA